GUUGUUAAGGCAUGCGUGGACCAGCGAGAGCUAUGGUAUAUCGGAGGAGAGAUCUUUAGGAAGAUAAACAUGGCAAGAUCUGACUGAUGACGUCUGAGAUUUCUUACUGAUGACGAUGUCCUUUACCAACAUCAAUAUUAUGUAGGCAGACAGUCAUAUCUUGUUUCUUGAUGCAGUUUACAAGAUUGUCCUGAGAUCAUUGCCCAACUUGAUGUUACACUGAAGUAAUGAGCAUGGCUGGGGAUAGGCCUCUUCGCCUUACAGGUGAACCAACAGAAGGCAGUGGUGAUGACACCAGCAUGGGUGUAUGCUACUACAUACUCUUUGCCUGUUCGUUUAUCUUAUGCUGUCUAACCUUGCCAGUAUCACUGUGCUUUGUCUUCAGGACAGUGCAAGAAUACGAGCGGGCGAUCAUCUUCCGAGCUGGCCGUCUCCUCCCAGGAGGGGCUAAAGGCCCUGGCUUGUUCUUCAUCUUACCGUGCAUUGAUGAAUUCAGAGUGGUAGAUCUCAGAACCUUAUCCUUUGAUGUACCACCUCAAGAGAUCUUGUCUAAAGACAGCGUGACCAUCACUGUUGAUGCAGUGGUCUAUUUCCGUGUUCAAAAUCCAACUAUGUCCAUUGUCAAUGUGGAGAAUUUCAAGCGUUCUACUGAGCUUCUGUCUGCAACAACUUUGCGGAACGUCCUUGGUACUAAGACUUUAGCAGAGGUCUUGAGUUCCAGAGAGACAGUCAGUAGUCACAUGCAGUCAGUCUUGGAUGAGGCAACGGACCCAUGGGGUGUUAAAGUUGAGAGAGUUGAAAUCAAGGAUGUGAGGCUGCCUCUGAUGCUGCAGCGGGCAAUGGCCGCUGAGGCUGAAGCCUCCAGAGAGGCUCGUGCUAAGGUGAUUGCUGCAGAAGGAGAGCAGAAUGCUUCCCGUGCUCUCAAGGAGGCAGCAGACAUCAUUGCUGAGUCACCUAAUGCUCUUCAGCUCCGCUAUCUACAAACUCUCAACACCAUCUCAGCUGAGAGGAAUUCUACAAUCAUCUUCCCACUUCCUAUUGAUCUCCUGUCGUCACUGAUGGAGAUUUAAGAAUGUAUAACUAAGGUGAGGAUUUCAAUGGAAGGGAAAUCAAGUCUCCAAUUUCUGAAGGCUGUUUCUUGGAAGUUCUUAGAUAUAUUUUGUACGUUACUUUUAUCUGCGCGAUGCAUCAAUAUUGCAGUGAGUCCUUUUAGGUCUGAAGCAAAACUGCCAUGAAGUUUCUUCCUUAUUUGGAAUGUUCCCAAUAUGUUUUUGACCAGGACAGCAAUUCUUAUGAGAAGUGGGUCAUGUUCCCCGUGGGCACAUGAAAGCAUUUUGUCACAGAGAAUAAUUGUAACUUCCUAAAUGAGACACAGAGCCUGAGUUCUGGAAAGCAUGUGGUAAAGAAGGACACUUAUUUUAUCAAUCCAGAAGGAUGUCUUCCCUCCACAUUUUCUACAUUAAACUCUGGUGGUUGUUGCUGAUUGUGAAUUGCCACCUGUUUGCCUUUUUUGAUUGAAGUUUCUGAUGACGUUGCAUAUACCCGGGAUUGUCUCAGUUCUACUCUAUUGAAUUAUUUACAUAAAGUAUUUAAGAAAUAUUUAUAAAAAUAGCGCAAUUGGACUCCGACCAUUUACUAAAAUGGUCAAGUAGUUCUUGUAAUGUAUUGGCAAACUGUUAAUUUACACAAACGUGUGAUGUGUGUGCAUAUUUUAUGUAUGGUGCAACUGUACAUUUUCAUAUAGUUUUUAAUGAAGUAACAGCACAUGACUUUAUAUAGCCAUUGUCUUUGUUGAUAGUCUUUAUAUUUUAUUAAUAUUUAGGAUAUUAUUUAUUAAAACAGACACGAUGCACCCGUAAAUAUGACAGUGUUAACCUUAAUCAUGACCUUCAUUUGACCGUGGUCUUGAUGGGAUAUAUACUUCAUUUUGGCAUAGUUAAACCAUGAUUUAUGUACACUAAAUGGAUGACUUGAUCGUUUGUCAAUUAAUAUAACGUGUGCAAUGUCAGUAGUAAGAGUUGCCUGCAUCCAAAUAAGGGAUUUAUGCCACAUUACACCACAUUUUUGUGUGUCAUGAAUUAGGGUUAAAUGGGCCUCACUUGUGUAGCCCUUAGAAAACUGUGUGCUUGGAACGACAAUUGAAUCAGGUAGGUACAUGUAUUAAUGUUGAGAAUAACCGCAUAUACAAAAUAAAGUAGCUUGAAAUUGUGUGACAGAUCCCGAAGUACAAAGUACCAGUAAGAAUGUGUGUGUAAGUAGAUAAUGCUGCAGAUUUUAUCUUAUGACUACAUUAAAUUUCCUUAAAUGGUGAUGUCCUUGACGAGGCACAGCAUUUUUAUUUUUAUUCUUAUCUAUCCUUCUGAGAAAACUUUACUGAGCAAAACCAUGGACAAUGCAACUUAGCACAAGAUCCGUGCUAGAUUAUGCAUUAAGGAGCAGUAUUAAAGUUAGCAAAACUGUAAUGCCAACUACCAGAGAUGAGACUUUCCAUCAGUUGUCUUGUGAGUUUACAAGGAGCCUGAUGAUGGAAUCGUUUGGAUAUCAAGAAAUUUAUCCUAAAUAUUCAUUCAAAUUUCAAUAAUCCGGGUUGUAGCUGAAAAUUUAAAAUUUAUAAUUAUAGAAAUGAGAUGACAAGUACGAACUCAAAGCAAAUAGUUGGUUUUAUUGCGGUGCUGAUUUACUUCAUCUGAGUUGGUGCUAAUGGUGUUGCAUUCAGAGUCUUGAUUGUUUUGUAUUUUAUGAUGGAUAGUUGUUCAAGAUCACACAUAAUCAGCCAAAGCUUGGAUGAUUAGUAGGAUACAUGUCAUUGAUGUUGGUUACCUCAGUAUGUGCAGUACCAAGAGCCACCGAAGCAAAUUAUGGACAAAUGGCAGAAAGCCAGUUUGGGGAUUUGAAGAAAUGAGGGUUUUAUAGCCAGAAUUCUGUAUAGGACUACACACACUGCUGACAGUUUUGGUGCAGUGGAAAUGGUAGCGUGUCUCAGCAAUAAAUGUGUCUCUGGAACUUGCUGGAGGA